CGUGCGGCCGUGUUCAACGCCUCCCAAAACCUCCCCCCAUUCAUUCCCCUUUCUUCCUCUCUCAGCUGCUUUCGCUGUGCACUCCGCACUCGCAGUCGCGGCCCCGCAGCUUUCCCUCCCGGCCUGAUUCCCUCUUCCGGUCUCCGCUUCCUUCCUCCUCCCUCCCCCGCGAGUUCCCGAAACCCUCGUAGGUAGGGGAGCCGCCGCGCGCGAGGGCGAGGCUGCGGAGCAGCCAUGGACUCGGCGGCGCUACUAGAGGUGUACCGCCGCGAUCGCCGCGCCCUCCUCGGAUUCAUCCUCUCUUCCGCCGGCGGCCGCGCCGUCGACCUCUCCCGCGUGGACCUCGACGCCGUCAGCGCCGACUACGCCCUCGGCUGCGUCGCCUCCGGCGUGCAGUUUGAUGCCUCAGAGGCCACCAGGAGGUAUUUUGACGAGAGGAGAUACCCGAUCAUGAUGGGCUCUCCAUCAGUGAAUUCAUAUUUUCUUCUUUCAAGGCCAGAACGCUCUGGUUCCCCUCCAAACAAAGCAGCACCUGACAUUGUCCCUCAAGCACCUGCUGAAGAGAACCCAACUCCAAUUAGAGAACAUGUUGAUUUUUUUAGAGCAGCUAUUAACAUUUUGGGAACAGAUAAUGGUACUAAGGAUGUUAGUCUGGCAGAUAUAUAUCCUAAGCAAGUAAAUAAAAUGGAUAUUCUUUCACUAGGUCUACCUAAAUUAAGCACAGAAUUGUCAGAUGACGAUAUAAGAGAAACAGCUUAUGAGGUCCUUCUUGCCUCACUAUUUGUCAGCGGAAAAAUACUGUUCUCCGAAGAGAAGAAAGAAAAGAAGCCUAAAUUCUUAAAAGGUCUAAGGUCUAAAACAGAAGUAUCAAAUCCAUCUCCUCAGCCAGAAAAUCAUUAUUCCCAACUUCUUGAUUUGAUCCGUGUACAAAUGGAGAUCUCUGAAUCUAUGGAUACAUUGACAAGGCGAGCUUUAAGACAUAUCAGUUUGAGGAUCGUGCAAGGGCAACUUGACGUGCCUUGCAUAUCAUUACAGCUCUUAAGUUCUGUUGGGAAAUCUGAUUUCCCUACAGAAAGACUGCGAGUGCAGUGGCAGAGAAGACAGGCAAAUGUUCUCGAAGAAUUACUUCUCUUCCCAGGAUCGCGUGAGUAUGGUAUGAGUGAAACAUUGCGGAUAGUUCUCUCUAAGAUAAGAGAUACAGAGGAUUGGGUAGUUAGUGUCCCUGAUGGGCCUGUUGAGGUAUUGACUAUCAUUGAAAGAUACAACGCAAAAUUAUGUGAAGCCCCAAAGAAAUUCAACCUUAAAGGCGAGACCUAUCAUUGGAUCCAGAGCUAUCAUCUCAACUUUAGACUAUAUGAGAAAUUACUUUGCAUCGUGUUCGAUAUUCUCGAAGAUGGGCAGCUUGUGGAGGAGGCUGAUGAAAUACUGGAAACAGUAAAGCUGACCUGGACUAUAUUGGGUAUCACCCAGAAAUUGCAUGACACACUCUUUGCUUGGGUGCUUUUCAAGAAGUUUGCUGAAACUGGGGAAAUUCUUCUACUUAAGCACACAUGCCUUCAAACACAGAAGCUUCGAUUACAUAAUGAUGCUAAAGAAAUAGAGUUGUAUACAAACAGCUUUGUUUGUUCAGCGGAAGCCUGUGGCGGAAACAUGGCUCUAAGUUUGGUUGACAGUGCUAUUCUUAAAAUAAAUAAGUGGUGUUUUAGACAAUUGGAGAAUUAUCAUUCAUACUUUAAUAAGGUUGACAACUCAAUCUUUGAGGGCAUGCUAAACUUGGUAGUUAUUUCAGAAACAAGCCGCACUGAUGAUGAUGAUGAUGAUGAAAAAGCCAUGCUCAUUGGGACCCCACUAGAUGCUACACAAGAAUCUAAGUUGAUUCACAUUCUUGUUGUCAGAUCCAUUCAAGCUGCAUAUAAGCAUGCCCUAAUUUCAUCAGAUUGCCAAUCAAAGGCAGAAUUUAAGCAUCCAUUAAUAAUUCUUGCAAACGAAUUAAAGCUAGUGGCGGAGAAAGAGUGUACUAUUUUCAGUCCAACACUUUGUAAACGAUACCCUGAAGCUGGAAGAGUAGCUCUGGUUCUCUUGCACCUACUGUAUGGGCAACAGCUGGAGCUAUUUUUGGAAAGGAUGGAUAAUUCAGAAAGUUUGAAAGAGAUACUGGCAGCAACAAAUAAUUUUGAGCUUUGUGUAGCUAAGAAGCUUUACUUAAUGAAUGAGGGAGCUGUUGGUUCUUUGCUGUCCAAAUAUUUAAAGCCAUACAUGAUCAGUCAAUUUUCUUCACCUCUCAUUCUUCAAUGGCUGCAUGUUCAACAUGAGAAUGUCUUGGAGUGGACAAAACGUACCAUUGAGAUAGAGGAUUGGGAGCCUCUAUCAGCUCAUGAAAGACAUGCAACAUCUGUGGUUGAAGUAUUCCGGAUAGUGGAGGAGACCAUUGAACAGUUCUUUAACUCGAGUCUUCCUCUGGAUACUGUCCACUUGCGAAGUCUACUUAUUGGAAUUACUAGUAGCCUUCAAGUCUACUUGCAUCACAUGGAAAAUCAACAAGUUCCUAGAGCUACCUUGCUUCCCAGUGCUCCAGUCUUGACACGUUAUGCAGAAUCAGUGAACCCAUUUGCAAAAAGGAAACUCAUUGUGCCUACAGUUCCUGAAGAGAAGGUGGCUAAUAAAUUGAACAAUUUGACGGUUCCUAAAUUAUGUGCGAAACUCAACACUCUUCAAUUCAUUAGGGAUCAGCUCGAUAACAUAGAAGAAGGUAUCAAACAAUCUUGGGUCUCAGUUCAGUCAGCUGUGGGAUUGCUAGACUAUUUGUCUUGCAUUGCUAGUGGACGAACUCUCCCAAAAAACUUAUCUUCUGAAGAAUCAAUCGAUGAGUUGUUUACAAUAUUUGAUGAUGUGCGAAGGACUGCAGUGAGUACAACUGACAGAAUCCUGAACUUCAUUGGAACAAGGGCUGUAUUCUGGGAUAUGCGGGACUCGUUACUUUUCUCCUUGUACCGUGCUAGUGUUGAAAGUGCACGUAUGGAGAUGUUUAUCCCUACUAUUGAUCAAGUUCUUGACCAGGUAUGUGAUCUGAUUGUUGAUGCCCUACGUGACCAAGUUGUGCUGAGAGUAUUUCAAGCAUGCAUGGAAGGGCUUAUUUGGAUCCUACUGGAUGGAGGCCCAUCCCGAGCAUUUUUGGAGACAGAUGUGGACUUGAUGCAUCAAGAUCUUGCUAUGAUCAAGGAUCUCUUUAUAGCUGAAGGCCAAGGUUUACCAUUGGAUUUAGUUGAAAAGGAGGCUAGACUAACUCAUCAAAUACUAGACCUAUUUGUGUUAAAGGCUGAUACAAUCAUUGACAUGUUAAUAAAUGUAAGUGAUCAAUUGCCUCACCAUCUUGAACUUACAACUACUCGAAGAAGACAUGUACAUGAUGCCCAUACCCUUCUUCGAGUUCUGUGCCAUAAGAAGGAUAAAACUGCCUCUACGUUUUUGAAAAUUCAAUACCAUCUUCCAAGGUCUUCAGAUUAUGACGAUAUUUCUACAAAGAACGCACCAUCAAAAGCACCUAUGUUUUCUGACAUGCUGAAAAGUACUUCUUUCAAUUGGUCAGAAACAGGACAGCAGAGUUUUAGGGUUAUGAAGAAGAAACUGCAAGAUACCUGGCAGUAAAAUAUGUCUUGGAGAUAAUCGGCUUGGUUUGCACAUAACUUUUCCAUAUAUGUGCAGCAGCUACAUAUCCAGGAUGGUUCUUACUUCUCAGAAGGUUGGUAUUGAGAGCAACAAACACACAUUUCUCCUGAUGCCUCUGAGGGCCCACAGCCUUUGGGAAUCGUCUGGCCCUGAUAGAAAUGAAGCAAACCAAUACCCAAAUUUAGCAGUAAAAGAUGACGAAUGCAAAAGGAAGUUCUAAUUGCCUAUUUUGAUGAGUUGGAACUUGGCAGAACUGGACUUAUUAUACCUGGGACUAUCCACCUCCUGGGAGCUCAAUAUAUUCCCUGUCAUCAAGGAAAUGAAGCAUCAAAGAGCAAGGUCUUCUGAGCCCUAGAACUAAAUCACCAUGAGGGCAGCAACCGCAGCAUGCAUCUGGGAAGUGUUGCUGAUAGUUGGAGGUCAGAGUUCUCAUUUCUGACUGGAGCUUCCCCAGCGUGAUAGCAUUCAUUGCAGACCAAUGUAGAAGAUUUUUCUGGCGACUACAGGAACGGUGUCGUGCCUCAACACUGCCAGAUCGUCGGAGAAAAUCUGCAUGUGAACUCUCUGGCCUAGAGCGGCAGCAGGAUCAAGAGGGGAAAAGAAUUGCUUGUUUACUGUCAUUGCACGAGUUUGCGUUCAUAGACGCCGUUGCCUUCUGUUCUAUGCCUGCGGCACAUUACGAGAAGCGACAGCAAUAAUCGUUCGCGGGAAAGAAGCUGGGAGAAAAAUGCCACUGAUGUCUCCUCAUAACCUGCUACUGUAGUUUUUGACGUAUUGUAUCUGAAAUUCUGAAAUUCUGAAUGCCGUAGUCAAACUGCUGCAUGAGAAAUUAGAUGUAUGUUUUCUGCACCCAGCGACUUCAUCAUCUAGGAAUUCCAGUCGCAGGUACAUAAUCUGGUCCUCCAAGGCUCCAACAAUAUUAUGCUCUUUAUGCACAAGUUAGUAUUACCCUCUUUAUGCCCAAGUUAGUAUUGCCGCUUUUAUUCAAGAGAAAUUAUCAAGUUAUUAUUUCA